AUGAGUGCUAAGCUCAACAUUAUCCAGAAGGACAAAGCCACCGAGCCUCAGGCAGGCGAGAUGCAACCCUCCGAGAAACUUCCGACUUAUCAAGAGAUCGCAAAGUCUCUCGAGAAAUCCUCCGAGAAAGAUUUGCUGGAUAAAUUGACGAAGAAAACAAAAAAUGCUCAGAAGCCUGAAGACCUUCUUGUCCACCUGCUUUCAACCGAAUUGAAUAUUGACGACAAAAAAACUCUUAUUCGGAACGCCCCGAGUCGUAUAUAUGACAGCGAUCAUCACCGCCAAAAUGCCGAGAAGGUUGAAGCUCAGCUUAAAGAGGCAGGCUACGGCCAGCUUGCCAUAGUGCUAUAUUGGUGUUUCUUUUGGCAUAGGGUACAGCCGAGGGGGCCAGAAAGUUGGAUCAAGGAACUAAUUGAAAAUGAUAUCGAGAGGCGUUGGAUUGCUCAAAGAAGGGCCCGCAUUCAAGAAAAAGUCCAAACCUUGGAAACCUCAUCAGAGCUACUUCUAUCCUCUGAAGAUGAAGCCGAACAUGCGUCACAACUCGAGUUCUACAAAGGACUGCUCCAGGAUCUCAAUAGAAGUCAUUGGGCUGUUUCCAGGAAGAGUUGGAACAAACAAGAAUCCAUAAAGAGCUGGUCAUUCAGUCGAGCAUAUAAUAUACAAAGAUCCUAUCCAGACUGGUAUCUCUCUACUUCGUUGGGCGAUGAUUGUGCAGGACGAGGCGGCUGUUGCGGGCGGAGCUGCGGCUGCUGUGAAAGGCCGCGGACGGUUGAUGGAUUCGAAGAUCAUAUCGGCACCAGAGGUCAUUGUACUACAGCCUGCAGUUGCUGCAUGAAGGCCCAUGGGGUUGAAGGCUUGGAUAUCUUGUUAGUUGAAGAGAUACCAGACUUAGAAGAGCUUUGUUUUGAGUACAAGAAGCCCUCUUUUAAAGAGACUGAAUUGGUUGAAAAUGCACUUCGGCUUCAGGGCUUGUAUAAGCUUGCCCAAGCGGGGUAUGGAUCCCUCAAUUCGAGAUACUGGGAUAGUCACGGGGAACAAUGGAUCAAGUCAGACAAGAUAUGGAGCACUUCGGCGAGACGAGCAUUGAUAAGGCAGAGAAAGCACACGGAUUGGUAUCUCUCGGGUGUGCUUCGUGAAGACUGUGCAAAACGAGGGGCUGCUAUGGACGCGGAUGUGGAUCCUGCGAGAGGACUGAGGUCAAUACAGACGGGGCCCGUGACCGGGGCCACUGUACCACAGCAUGCAGUUGCUACCUCGAUGUUCACGGGAUUGACGGUGAAGUUCUGGAGAUGGAAGACGUGGAUGAAGUUGAUGAAGUCGACUUCACAGAUCUUGAUCCCCACUCUCUGCGACUAUUCAAGGGAUAUUUCUUCUACUGGAACGGGAUGGAAUGGAUAG